GACGAAGUGAUCAAAAAAUUGACCGACAUUCUUACCGACCUCAACGCCAUGGACAAAACCAGCAACAUCUUCACCUACAGCGACCCGGGCAAGCUCGGCAUAGUCCAAUUCAAGACAACAGGUGGGAAAAUCGGAUUUCUACGACGAUGGCGUGGCAGGCCAGCGACAUGGGCUAACGGCGACAAGCUUUGGUGCAAGAGCAACGACCCCAUCGAGAUAAGGCUCAUUGACAAGACUCUGAGCCAGGUGAAGCACCGGCUCAUCGAAAAUGGUAUCGACCAGAAGUCCAUACGCAUCUACUGGGAAUCAGAAGUAGUGAAAGUCAAAGGGGUCAUCGUUGCAAAGGUUGCCAAAAACGGCGACCUUACCACGCACGGGGACGGGGACACCAUCAAGGAAGACGUGGUACAGUUCAUGAACGAAUGGAAGGCCGCGCGCGACCUCCAGUGA